GUAUUAGAUGAUGUAUAAAUCCCCCACCCCCUCUCAUAAUCCAAAUUGCUUUUCAUUUUGAGCAUCCAAUCAUCUUCUUGUCUCCAUAAAUCUCUCCUAAAUUAUCAUAAUCCCAUUUCUCUAAACCCUAGUAUUUCAAUUUUCUAAUCACCAUUUGAGCAUAAAGACAAGAAAACCCUUUGAAAAAUUUCAAGAUUCUGUGGUUAGUAGCAUCAAAUUAUGGACCAAAAACACCCCACCACCAAAAUCCCACACCAUGAAAGUGAAACCCCACCUCAUUCCCAAUCAACAAACUUAAUAACCUUCCCAAACGGAAAAACACACCACCACCAUCCACCGCCGCACACCGCUGCGCCCGCAUACAAAGAAUGCCUCAAGAACCAUGCCGUCGCCAUCGGGGGACACGCCUUAGACGGCUGCGGCGAGUUCAUGCCUUCACCAACUUACUCACCAACACAACCCUCAUCUUUUAAAUGCGCGGCGUGUGGAUGCCAUAGGAACUUCCACCGCCGCGAACCCACCCAAUUUAUAGAUUACCCCCGACCCCACCAAACCUCAACCCCCACCUCUAAAUCCCCGGGGUCGCCAGCUAAUGCUGAACCGACAAACUACGCAUUCGGUCAGCAUCUGCUGCUGUCCCUGGGAACAGGCCCAAGGACAGCAACAGCGGAUCAGAACCACACUGUGGCGACGCCAGGGACACCAUCGGGGGUUAAGGUGAGUGGGAAUAAGCGGUUCCGGACAAAAUUUAGUCCGGAACAAAAACAGAAGAUGUUAAAUUUUGCUGAGAAAGUUGGUUGGAAGAUGCAGAGGUGCGAUGAUAAGAUGGUUACUGAUUUUUGCAAUGAGAUUGGAAUCAGAAGAAGAAUUUUUAAAGUUUGGAUGCAUAAUAACAAAAAUACUUCAGCAAAAAGAGAAAAAGAUACCACCAUCAACGCCACCGCAACAACCACCGUCGUCGCUGGCGGCGUUGCUGCCUCCGUAGUACGGAGUAAUGAGAGUUCUCAUCAAGAAAAUGGGUCGUCUUCUUCAUCUUAACUUUGUAAUAACUCCAAUUAACCCAUUUUAGGGUAAACUGAAUAAUAAACCUACUGGUUAGAUGAUUA